CGCGAUUCCAUCUAUCUCCAUUAAUAUGCGAUUCAUUACUCUCCUUUCAGCCCUCUGCCUUUGCUUUUGGAGUGUGGCUGCCGUGAAUGCGGAUAUUGUUCAUCGCCAAAACUCUGCAUCGUCUUCGGCCACGAAAACGACGACAAAGAAGGCUACUACAAAGGCGAGCUCCACCGAAAGCUCCACCGAAAGCUCCACCGAAAGCUCCACGGCAAGCUCCACGGCAACUUCGAAGCCCACAGGCGCUAGAUCAAAUGCGGCAACUCUAAGUACCGUAACGAGAACUCACACUUCCGGCACACCAACCGGCACGAAGGACCCCAGGCCAUCGGCAUCCAAGCAAUCAGGGUUGUCCAGCGGAACAAAGAUUGGUAUUGGAGUCGGUGUACCCCUAGGUGUCAUUGCCAUUGCAGGUGCAAUUUCCGCCUACAUCAUCGGCAAACACCGAGGGCGAAAGCGAAGAGUCGAUGAUCCAACUGCAGGAGCAGGCAAGAAGAUUCAAGAUCCUAGUUCAGAAUUAAACAUACCUCCGUCAACACCCCUCGUGGCUGAAUUGCCCACUGUGCGAAGCAACGAGUUUGUGGGCACGCAAAAACCUGGAAGCCGCUGGAAAUCUCCAUUUGGGAGAUUAGAAUCAACAAGGAAGCAGAACUACCCAGCUGCGCCAACUGUGCCAAUACCUGCCCCCCAGUCUCCGCAAGAACUCCCUGCAUAAUAAUGAUUCAAUUUUCGAUGAUAGGUCGCUCUCGACACCUAGGGGGCCAGUUUCCAACUACGUUCGAUACCCAGUCUCAAUAUUUAGAAGCCCCGGGACAUAUGCAGUCCACCGUACUAGCUACGCAUUUGUAAGAC